AUUGUGACAGCAGUGAAGUUUUUACAGAAUCCACGGGUCCGCCAAAGUCCUCUUGCAACCAGAAGAGCGUUUCUGAAGAAGAAAGGCCUGACAGAUGAAGAAGUUGACCUGGCUUUCCAGCAGUCGGGCACCAGCACGGAUGAGCCACAGCCUCCCAGUCCUUCGACACAGCUGCUGCCAACUCAGCCCUCUCACCCUGUGGUGCAUAGUCCACCGGGCUCCAGAUGGCGAGAUUACGGCGCUUUGGCUAUCAUAAUGGCGGGAAUUGCCUUUGGAUUCCACCAGCUCUACAAGAAAUACCUACUUCCUCUCAUCAUGGGAGGGAAAGAAGACAGGAAACAACUUCAGAGAAUUGAGUCAAACAUUUCUGAGAUGAGUGGCAGCGUGACACAGACAGUGACUCAAUUACAGACAACUUUAGCAGCUGUCCAAGAACUGCUAAUCCAGCAACAACAGAAAAUCCAGGAGCUCACCCAAGAGCUGGCUGCUUCUAAGGCCACAACUUCCACCAACUGGAUUCUGGAGUCACAGAAUAUUAAUGAAUUGAAAUCUGAGAUCUACUCGUUAAAAGGACUUCUCCUGAACCGGAGGCAGUUCCCUCCCUCCCCUUCGGCUCCGAAGAUCCCGUCAUGGCAGAUCCCAGUGAAGCCAAACUCACCCUCCAACCCUGUGGUUGCCAACCAUAAUAGCAGCAGUGACAUCUCACCUGUCAGCAACGAGUCUACCACCUCGUCACCGGUCAAGGAGAACCACAGUCCUGAGGGCUCCAAGGUCAGCUGCCAUCUGCUGAGCACCGAGGAGGGCACCAAGGCCGUGAUUGAUGUCAAGAGCCAAGUGCGGAUGGAGGUGCAGGGUGAGGAGGAGAAAAGGGAAACCAAAAGGAAUGAAGAGGAGGAAGAGGACGAUGAGGAUGAUGAUGUUAGCCAUGUGGAUGAGGAGGAAUGUCUGGGUGUCCAGACUGAGGACCGGCGAGGAGGGGAUGGUCAGAUUAAUGAGCAAGUGGAAAAGCUACGAAGACCUGAGGGGGCCAGCAAUGAGAACGAGAUUGACUAAGGCCCCCUGGCUUCCGCUGCUGCUGCUGUACAUCUUCCCCGGCCUCCUGCACUGUCCCCGGUGCCUCUCCCAUUUUGUGGAGAGGAGUGCCACCAUCCCGUCCAGUGAUUCUCCCAUGUUGGACCUUGAGCAGGGUCAGGAUUGCCCGGUGAACAUAGUGGGCCCUGUUUCACCACAGGGCUUUGCAGUGUUGCAGUGGCUUCUUCUCCCCUCCCAGACCCACCUUCUCCCCGUGAGCUGGGGCCACUGCCUAGGCUGGAAGACCGAUCGCCUUACCAUGCACCACUGCUACAGAAUAAGUCCUCUUACAAAAAAAACCACCGUUCUCCUGAAACAGUCAGCUUCUUUGCUGCAUCCUACAGUCCUUCUAUCCAAUUUCAGAAACGAAUCUGUCCUGAGUUCUUUGAUUUCACAAGCCUUUAAUCCCCACAUAAGGCCCAAACAACUUCUGUUUCCCAAAAUAACCCUCUAUUU